CCGCGGCGGGCGGAAGGGGCGGUUGAGUGGCCGCGCUAGGCCGCAGCUCCCGGUGCGCGCGGCGUUUUGGUCGGUUACGGGACUCGCUGCCGUCUCCGCCAUGUCGUACAAUUACGUUGUGACGGCGCAGAAGCCGACGGCCGUGAAUGGCUGUGUCACCGGACACUUCACCUCCGCAGAGGACCUGAACCUGCUGAUCGCCAAGAACACACGCCUGGAGAUCUAUGUGGUGACAGCUGAGGGGCUGCGGCCUGUCAAGGAGGUGGGCAUGUAUGGCAAGACUGCCGUCAUGGAGCUCUUCCGCCCCAAAGGGGAGAGCAAGGAUCUGCUUUUCAUCCUGACAGCCAAGUACAACGCCUGCAUCCUGGAGUACAAGCAGAAUGGUGACAAUAUUGACAUUAUAACCCGUGCCCAUGGAAAUGUGCAGGAUCGCAUCGGUCGUCCCUCAGAGACCGGUAUCAUCGGCAUCAUUGACCCAGAGUGCCGGAUGAUUGGCCUGCGGCUCUACGAUGGCCUCUUCAAGGUCAUCCCCCUGGACCGUGAGAACAAGGAGCUGAAGGCUUUUAACAUCCGCCUGGAGGAGCUCCAAGUCAUCGACGUGAAGUUCCUCUAUGGCUGUCAGGCCCCAACCAUCUGCUUCGUCUAUCAGGACCCUCAGGGUCGCCAUGUCAAAACGUACGAGGUGUCCCUGCGUGAGAAGGAGUUUAACAAAGGUCCUUGGAAGCAGGAGAACGUCGAGGCCGAAGCCUCCAUGGUCAUUGCAGUGCCAGAGCCUUUUGGAGGCGCAAUCAUCAUUGGGCAGGAGUCCAUUACCUAUCACAAUGGAGAUAAAUACCUGGCUAUAGCUCCACCCAUCAUCAAGCAAAGCACAAUUGUGUGCCACAACCGUGUGGAUCCCAACGGGUCCCGUUACUUGCUGGGGGACAUGGAAGGACGUCUCUUCAUGCUGCUUCUGGAGAAGGAGGAGCAAAUGGAUGGCACAGUCACCCUGAAGGACUUGCGUGUGGAACUGCUUGGUGAGACAUCCAUUGCAGAGUGCUUGACCUACCUGGACAACGGCGUGGUGUUUGUUGGCUCUCGGCUUGGGGAUUCCCAGCUUGUGAAGCUCAACGUGGACAGCAAUGAGCAAGGCUCCUAUGUAGUGGCUAUGGAGACCUUCACCAACCUCGGUCCUAUCGUUGAUAUGUGUGUGGUAGACCUGGAGAGACAAGGCCAAGGGCAGCUGGUCACAUGCUCAGGUGCCUUUAAAGAGGGUUCACUACGGAUCAUCCGGAACGGCAUUGGGAUUCAUGAGCAUGCCAGCAUUGACCUGCCAGGAAUUAAAGGCUUGUGGCCCCUGAGGUCAGAUUCUCAUCGUGAGAUGGACAAUAUGCUGGUGCUGUCCUUUGUUGGCCAGACCAGGGUUCUUAUGUUAAAUGGAGAAGAGGUAGAAGAAACGGAGCUCACAGGAUUUGUGGAUGAUCAGCAGACCUUCUUCUGUGGCAACGUGGCACAUCAGCAGUUGAUCCAGAUCACCUCUGCCUCUGUGAGACUGGUCAGUCAGGAGCCCAAAGCCCUCGUGAGCGAGUGGAAAGAGCCCAACGGGAAGAACAUCAGCGUGGCUUCCUGUAACAGCAACCAGGUGGUGGUGGCUGUGGGACGAGCCCUCUACUACCUGGAGAUCCAACCCCAGGAGCUCAGGCAGAUCAACUGCACUGAAAUGGAGCAUGAAGUUGCCUGCCUGGACAUCACUCCUUUGGGGGACACUAAUGGCAUGUCCCCUCUGUGUGCCAUCGGACUCUGGACUGAUAUCUCUGCCCGCAUCCUAAAGCUUCCUUCCUUUGAACUGCUGCACAAAGAGAUGCUAGGAGGAGAAAUUAUCCCUCGCUCCAUCCUGAUGACAACCUUUGAGAGCAGCCAUUACCUUCUGUGUGCACUGGGGGACGGUGCUCUCUUCUACUUUGGGCUCAGCCUCGAGACAGGCUUGCUGAGUGACCGUAAGAAGGUGACCCUUGGCACUCAGCCCACAGUCCUGAGGACUUUCCGCUCCCUGUCCACCACCAAUGUGUUCGCCUGCUCUGACCGCCCCACCGUCAUCUACAGCAGCAACCACAAGCUGGUCUUCUCCAACGUCAACCUGAAGGAGGUGAACUACAUGUGUCCCCUCAACUCCGAUGGGUAUCCUGACAGCUUAGCAUUGGCUAAUAACAGCACGCUGACAAUUGGCACCAUUGAUGAGAUCCAGAAGCUGCAUAUCCGCACGGUUCCCCUCUAUGAAUCACCCAGGAAGAUCUGCUACCAAGAGGUAUCACAGUGUUUUGGUGUGCUCUCAAGUCGUAUCGAGGUGCAAGACGCCAGCGGGGGCACCACUGCACUCAGACCCAGUGCCAGCACCCAGGCCCUGUCUAGCAGCGUGAGUACCAGCAAGCUGUUCUCCAGCAGCACAGCGCCACACGAGACGUCCUUUGGAGAGGAGGUGGAGGUGCACAACCUGCUCAUCAUUGAUCAGCACACUUUCGAAGUGCUUCAUGCUCACCAGUUCCUACAAAACGAAUACGCCCUUAGCCUGGUCUCCUGCAAGCUUGGCAAAGACCCAAACACCUACUUCAUCGUGGGUACUGCCAUGGUGUAUCCUGAGGAGGCAGAGCCAAAGCAGGGCCGCAUCGUCGUCUUCCACUACUCUGACGGCAAGCUGCAGAGCCUGGCUGAGAAGGAAGUGAAGGGAGCUGUGUAUUCCAUGGUGGAGUUCAACGGGAAGCUGUUAGCCAGCAUCAACAGCACGGUGCGCCUGUAUGAGUGGACAGCUGAGAAGGAGCUGCGCACGGAGUGCAACCAUUACAACAACAUCAUGGCUCUCUACCUGAAGACCAAGGGAGACUUCAUCCUUGUGGGAGAUUUGAUGCGGUCGGUCCUGCUCCUUGCCUACAAGCCCAUGGAAGGAAACUUUGAAGAGAUUGCCCGGGACUUCAAUCCAAACUGGAUGAGUGCCGUAGAGAUCCUGGACGACGACAACUUCUUGGGAGCAGAGAACGCUUUCAACCUGUUUGUGUGCCAGAAGGACAGUGCUGCCACGACUGACGAGGAGCGCCAGCACUUGCAGGAGGUGGGGCUGUCCCACUUGGGAGAGUUUGUCAAUGUCUUCUGUCACGGCUCCCUGGUCAUGCAGAACCUGGGCGAGACGUCCACACCAACACAGGGCUCCGUUCUCUUCGGCACAGUCAACGGCAUGAUAGGGCUGGUAACCUCGCUGUCAGAGAGCUGGUACAACCUCCUGCUGGACAUGCAGAACAGGCUGAACAAAGUCAUCAAGAGCGUGGGCAAGAUCGAGCACUCCUUCUGGAGAUCAUUUCACACUGAGCGCAAGACAGAGCCAGCUACUGGCUUCAUUGAUGGUGACCUGAUCGAAAGCUUCCUGGACAUCAGCAGGCCCAAGAUGCAGGAGGUGGUGGCAAACCUGCAGAUUGACGACGGCAGUGGGAUGAAGAGGGAGGCCACUGUGGACGACCUGAUCAAGAUUGUGGAGGAGCUGACCCGCAUCCACUAGCAGGAUUUGGGGCUUUUUCCUGACACCUUCCUCCACGUAGAGCAAGGGGCUUCCUUCCCCUGCCUGGCUGCACUCAGCGCCGGCAGCAGCCCUUGCCUGAGGGGAGGUGCCUGAAGGAGAGCUGUUUGUUAGGGAUCUGGGGGGCACCUCGCUGUUGCCAGCUUGGAUUCACCAAUCCUACGGACUCGACCAGUGCUGGGCGCUGCUGGUUGCUCUCGCUGGGUGACGCACAGCACUGCCCUUGCCUGGGUUCAUGCUUUGCUAUUGUUUUGUUUGUUUGUUUUUCUGCUUUCAUUUUUGAUUCUUUUUCGAUCCAUGGUGGGUUUUGUUGGGGUUUUUUUGUUUGUUUGUUUUUGGAAGAGGAAGCAAAGCUGCCUCAAGCGUGAGGGCUGGAGGAGGCAUCUGGGGCAGGUGAGAUCUGUGGGCCCAGAGCAUUUCUCUGCGAAGGAAGCGGAGGGGGACAGCAGGACAGCACGCUCCUCUCCCUCCACAGCACCUCUGGCUCGCUCAGGGAGGGAAUUUCUGGGAAGUUCAAUUCGUUUGUGGAGUUUUACCAAAUAAAGUAGUCCAAACGGAA